AUGUUGGGCAACACGCGCCGGUUCAUUAAAGUCUUAUUGGGCGUGGUAUUUACGGUCUGCACAACGCGUCAAGUCAUUGGUUAUCUGUUCACCAAAUCUACAGGCUGGGCCGUUCCGUUAUUAUUCUUUAGUGAUUCCGCCCACGAGUGUAGUCAAGGUUUGGCGCCGUUUCUGUUUGCUUUAUUGGUCGUACAGUCAUUAAAUAUAGAGGACAAGUACAUCCUUAUUUACGGAGAUGAAGACUCUCACAACAAGCUGACCGUCCACAAGGUCGUACUUCAAUUUCUGAUGUGUCUGGUCAACUACACGGUCAAGAACAUCCUCUGGUGGUCUUUGACCGGACUAUUGACAGGUUAUAUGACCACGGUCCUGAUCCAGUCCUGGCUUGCACGAGAAAAGUGGUACGAUCACCAUUAUUACCGACAGCAGCAGAUACACCAAAUCCAAAUCCAAAUGCAACAACAACAACAAGAAGGAGGAGGAGGAGAACAAGAACCAGAACAAGAAGGAGAAGAAACAAAAGACAUGAACGAGUUUAUUGUUCAGGAACGGUACCGACGGACCCCUCUAUGGAGGAUUUUGUGGUUUACCAUGAAAAAGGCAGCAUUCGUGGUUGGCGUGACACUGUCGGUUCUCUUGAUCUGUAACUCUUACCAUACCCGAGAGUACCUUGUCGAACCAGCGACGAUGAACGGAAUGUCAAAUGAUCGAUAUAUGUUUACCUUUGUAUUCAUGACUGCUCCCCGACGCUCCAACCCACCUUAUCUCACCCGUACCCUGGAAUCCUAUCUUGCCAACUGGCCUGUGAACCCUGCCCCAAACUCACUUUACAGCCGAAUCCAGACAGUGGUGUACACCCAUUUUACCAAUCAUUCUCAGUUCGACGCCGCCCGAGAACGGUUUGCAAAUGAUCUCAAGGGACAGCAGUACAUCCGGUGGAUUCGGGAGGAAGGAGAUCAACUCAACCAGCGCCUGCACGUCUCAAAGGCACUUGAUCUGGUCACCGACAAUAUGCAGACUACUUACAUUGCGCUAAUGGAAGACGAUUUCCCGGUCUGUGGUGCACAUGAAUGGCGUGAGAUCGAAAACGUAAUCUACAAGGCAAACCAGCAAGUGCCAAACCACUGUGGAAUUUUUGUUGGCACAGGUGGAAGUGGAUUGUUUCUUAAGCCAAAGAUAGCCAAGCUUGUUUCAAGGCUUCUUUUACAAUACGACACCAUGCCACCAGAUAUCAUCAUCCAAAAGUGCCUUUUGGGUGAACUGCCCGAAUGCCAAGAGUGCAGCCAGUCGCUUGUUACAAGCAAAACGCUCUUGAUGUACCAUAUUGGCUACAAUACCUCUACUAGUCAUGACCGGACAUACAAAAAGAAUGAUUUCCAGUGCGGAUGGCGACAUCCUUUUAAUGGAGAUCCUAAUGUCAUUACUCUCUAA